AUGUCAGAAGCAUCUAGCAGCGACAUCGCGUGCUAUUACAAAAAGGAUGAGCUGAUAAUACAUAAUGCUUUACUAUCAUCGUUGUGGUCUCGGAUAACAAUGUUAUUAAGCUCUCCAACAAUAUCAAGGAAUAAAUUAUCGGAUGUCAUUCGUGACAUAGUAGCCGAACGUAAUACCAGCAUGGCGGACAACAGCACGGCAAUCGAACAUAUUAUACUUUCACUCAUUGAUAACAAGUGCCUUGCUCUCUAUCGAGAAGAACGACUUUAUCUGGUCAACAGGAGUCCCCCGUCUUCCAUUCAAGGUGUAUUUGUGCCACUGGCCAGUUGCUACUCUCCGCGUUGUAGCCCACAACAUCAGCUGUGUUACGCACCAUCUUGCCCAAACAAAGGUGGCAAUCUGCAUUUUUCUAACCAUGAAGCACAUAGCAAUUUGGAUACGAGCGCUUUAUCACCUGAAGAGUACAAACGCCAGAAUGCCAUUGAAGAAAUAGUGGUAUCGGAGAAACAAUACUGUCAUGACCUUGAAAUCAUUUCCGAAGUUUAUGCACAACCAUUGCUUGAUUCAUCAGCGGUCAUUGAAGAAACCAGGCGUCAAAAAUUCCAUGAUAUCGUAUUCGGCAAUUAUGAAGCGAUUCACGAUUUACACUCCCAAGGCUACAAAGAAUUAUUAGAGCAGCAGGAUCCUAUUAGCGGUUUAUACGUUGGGUCGAUCGGCAUUGUCAUUUGGAAUCAUGUUUCUCGUUUGAUGGAUCCCUAUGUGACAUACGCAGCCAACCACAUGAAAGCAACAUUUGUCGCCACAGUAGAAGCAAACAGGAGCCCACGUUUUGGGACCUUUUUGGAAGAACAAAAUACGCAUACAAAUACUCGACGAUUGGGACUACGGCACUAUUUAACAUUACCAACGCUUCGUCUGGGAAAAUACAAGUUGCUUAUUGAGGCAUUACUCAAGUACACUACAGAUGAAGCUGAUCAGCUUGCACUGGGAGCUGCAUUGGCAGAACUCAGUGAUAUUUUGGAACGCAUGAAUGAAUUGACACGUCAAGCCGAGGUAGAAACACAACGCCUGCGAAUCGCGUCUACACUCUUGAUCCCAAAUCAUAUUCCAACCACACUUGAGCAAAUUCUCCCUGAGAACGCAUCGUUAUUGCAUGAAGGGAAUUUAAUGCUAGCACGUUCUCUACAUUCUUGGACAAUGGUACCAUGUCGUGUUUUUCUAUUUACACAUCUCGUGGUGGUCACACGACCUCGGUUCUCGGGUAAGCAUGAGGAAUUUGUAGUGGCAGGACAUCCUAUACCAUUACAUAUGUUACGGCUGAAUCUACCACGUAUCUACGGUGGUACUGUCACAGCAGCACCAGUGAUAACAUCGUCAUCACAAGAUCAAACGGUUACCGGUCUUUACAUUCGUGCACGAUUUCGCCGCCUUCGGAACAGUUUGCGGCAUUCCAAGACAUCACCAUCAGAUAGCAAGCAACACAUUGUAGCACGGCGCACCUUACCAAAUACGACUUCCUCUCGGGCAGGACCCAGGUACCGUAUGCUCGCGCUUUCCCAUCUUGGACUCGGCGAUUGUUCAUUUUACCUUGCUUGCCCUACGAUCGAAGAAAGGGAAGAAUGGCGUGAGCUACUAUGUAAAGCUAUACAAGACGUGCAAAUUAACAGUGGUCCUAUCUCAUUGAGCCCGUUAUGUGAGGUGGCUACUGGAUCCAGCAAUCGCCAGUCCGCUAUUGUAGUUGGAGGUAGUGCAAUGUUUCCCACCGGCUGUGGUCGGAUAUGGUGCACUCUACCUUUUGAUCUUUCGGACGGCUCAUCUAUGCUCGCUCUUGGGACGCAGUAUGGUAUAUGGAUUGGUCCUCGUGAUGGCGUAUCACAUGAAUUUCAGCUGGCAGUUGCCCAAGAAGACUGUAGACAGCUGGCCAUUUUGGAUAAUACGGCUCUGGUGGUACGCACAAAGCGCUCUGCACUAAUGGCAUACGAUAUCCAACAAGUAUCUGUGACAGGUUCACAUCACCGAUGGGGCUACAUUCAUCGAUCAUCUGUCAUAUCAUUUGCAGUUGGCACUAUCUACAACACACGUGUCCUUUGUUAUCUAAUACAAAAAAGAUCGUGCACUCUCUUGGUCAUCAUGCAGUAUAAGGGGGAAUGGUUCCGUAAAGCAAAGGAAUACCGAUUGGAGUCUCGCGAUACAUACCAUAUUCAAGUUGCAUACGAUGCGGUGUUUUUGCAGUCCCCUAGCCUUGGCAUUGGACGAAUCCACAAUGGACGUUGUGAAUGGAAGAAGGUCACAGCAUUUCCUGACAAUGUGAUAGGAUUUGUGCCAUUCUCACGUGAUUCAGGAUAUGCAUAUGACCUACAUACGGCUUGGAAUAUUUGCUUUCACGAUUAUAUGAAUCCCGUUUCGAUCCAGCCCAAGGUUGGUUUUGAUGCGCGACUGCAAAAACUUGUAAUCAUCUCUCCAUAUUUGAUUGGUUUUUCACCUUCAGUGAUCGAGAUCCGACAUAUGGAAACAGGGAAAACGGUUCAAGUCUUAGCCGGUAACCAUAUUAGAUGUGUUCACACUUCAUACGACGACGAUUUGCAACGACCAGUUAUUCACGUUAGCAUUCUUCACCAUGAAGAUCACAUUGUUCGUAUAUACAGCCUUUUUGCUCGAUAA